AUCUGAAUCUGUCUUGAGUCGUGUGGAGACAUUACGGGAAUCUACAGUUCGGGUGGAAACGUUACGGGAAUCUGUGUUGGUUCGUGUGGAAACUUUGCCGGUCCGGGUGCAAAGUUUGAACUCCGUCUGCAAAACGCGGCUCGGUGAUUUUCACCCCUCCCUCUGUCACGAUUCACUCGAACAAGGCACGAGCCGUCUCGGGUUGUGUUCGGAACUGAGCGGAACCUCGUGUGACUGGGUGAAUCUGCUGUCCGGUGCCGGUUCGUGUGCUGUGUUGUCGCUGAGGAGCUCUCGCCCGCGGAGGAAACCAUGGCUUGUGAACCCAACCGCGCCCGUUUGCUGUGCAUGCUGUCGUUAACGUUCAGUUUUUUCGUGGUCGAGGUGGUAGUGAGCCAGCUCACGUCGUCGCUCGCGAUGCUCUCGGACUCUUUCCACAUGCUGUCGGACGUGAUGGCGCUGAUCGUGGCGCUGGUGGCGGUGCGUUUCUCCGAGCGCACGCAGUCCACCAAGAAGAACACGUUCGGCUGGAUCCGCGCCGAGGUGAUGGGCGCCCUCGUCAACGCCGUGUUCCUCACCGCGCUCUGCUUCACCAUCGUGCUCGAGGCUAUCGAGCGCUUCACUGAGCCGCACGAGAUCGAGAACCCGAUCGUGGUGAUCACCGUCGGGGUCGCGGGGCUCGUGGUGAACCUGCUGGGGCUGUGUCUCUUCCACGGCCACGCGCACUCACACAGCCACGGCAAGACGAGCAAGAGCGAGACGUCCACUGACUGCGGAUCUGCUGGAGAGGAGACCAACAACCUGGUCACCAAAGCUCACGGGAGGAACAGCCCGAACGGCGUGAACCCCGACAGCAGGGGAGCAGCUGAGUUAUCAACUGUGCAGCUGAAUGAUGAGCUGGAUCACGAGCACGACCUUGAGCAGGAGCAUGAUGAGUCCUCAGCGUCCCAGCUGAACAUGCGUGGUGUUUUCCUUCAUGUUCUGGGUGAUGCUCUUGGCUCUGUCAUCGUCGUGGUCAGCGCUAUCAUCUUCACCUUUGUAUGGCGCCCGUGUGAGCCCGGUGUUCCCUGCAAGAACCCGUGCAGUACCAACACACACUGCAGUGACCACUAUCACCUUAACCACACACUUGUGGGUUUUGGCGAGGAAGAACUCAGCAACACGAGCACCCCAUUCUCCAUAGCCGGGCCCUGCUGGGUGCUGUACCUGGACCCGACUCUGUGCCUCAUCAUGGUCUGCAUUCUUCUGUACACGACGUACCCACUCCUGAAGGAGUCAGCGCUUAUCCUGCUGCAGACUGUCCCCAAACAGUUCGAUGUGAGUCUCCUAAGCACUCGUCUGCACCAGAUCGAUGGUGUUCUGGCUGUGCACGAGCUCCACAUCUGGCAGCUUGCCGGGAGUCGCUUCAUCGCCACGGCACACAUCAAAUGCCGAGACCCCACCUCUUAUAUGAGUGUGGCCAAGCGCGUGAAGGCCUUCUUUCAUAAUGAAGGCAUCCACGCCACCACCAUCCAGCCUGAGUUCGUCGUGGUGAGCUCUGAGUCACACGCCUCACUCUGUGAGCUCUCGUGCCGCACACAGUGCGCCACUAAACUCUGCUGUCAAAAUGCCAAAGCCCCCGACAACAAAAACACAGGUAUGGAGAGCGAGAGUGAAGCUGAACCCCCUGCCUCCACCACUCUAGAGGUCAUCAGUGAGUCUCUGGAAAGUGAGCCUAAAGUUCAAGUGGCUUCAAAGGACGUGGCCAUCCCCAGUGAGGUGGAGUCGUCUUUAUAAGGACGAUUGAGUACAAAGAAUACAUUAAUAAAGACACCAGAAAACAUAUAUCUAUCUAAAAGGUCCCGUAUAGUUGAUGAAUUCGAAAAUCAGAGCCAUUUGAGACAAAGAAGGAUGCACCGAUUCAAUACUGAGCAUGCCAUGGAAUUUGUGCAUUUAAAUCCCAAAGCAGGAAGAAAGGGAGGAGAAAAGUGAAGCCGAGAAGUGUUGCAGAAUCAGAAGAAGCACUUUUAAGAGACUUUGUGAAGACAGUGAGUGGAAGCUUGUGGAGAUCAGGGAUCGACUGCAAGGAGCUUCAUAUCACAAACGAAUCUUAGGCUGAUGAAGGAAAUUGAAGCUUUGUCUGCUUGACUGUAUUCUGUGAACUUUGUGUGUCAUACUGAAACCUCUGUGGGAUUAGGAAAUCCCCCUGCACUUGCUGCUUCAGCUGAUUAGAGACCGGAGUGUUUCAGAUAACAAAGUUAUCUCUUGCAUGUGUAAACAAACUGUGGGAUUAUGAGUAAAGAAAUAUAUUUAGCAUGUAUUGCAGAGGAAGAAGUAUAUUUAGUCUGUCUUACAAAAGAUGUUAAAGUUAAAUGAAGAAUAUUUCCAUUCCUUUUCAUUGACACUUGCUGAUGUUAUAAGGAUGUUCUCUGGUUUAUGAUUUAUUUUUGGCUUGGCUCAUUAACUAUCAAAGACACAUGGUAAACCCCAGUAGGUUUUGGUUUGCCUCGGGGGUUAGGAUGCUUAGAACUCAGGUUCUUGUAAUCCACAUUUUUAAAGGCAGGCUAUAUUGUAGAAUCCUUUUUGCUGACAAUUUAUCGGUCAAUCAUUUUUUGCACUCCGAUAUGAUGCCUAGUUUCUCACGGGUUUACUGUUGAUAGAAUUGUUCAUUGUAGCCAUUUUUAUUUCAUUGUUUUUACUACUGUUUCAGAUUAAUUUUGUACUCAAAGAUUACACUGACUGCUUUAUGUACUUUAAAUAAACCAAAACCCUUUAAGGGUGAGUCAUUAAAAGACAAA